AGUCAGUCGCAUAUUAUAUACCGUAUAGUGUAAUCAAGUUUAUUGUUAAAACUUUGAAAUUAUUGUGAAAUUGCGAUAACGCAAAUAAAACAAUUAUAAUAGUGAACACAGUGAUCUAUUUAGUGAAACAGUUUGGAUCUCAUAGUGCUGUGAAUUGGAUUUGCAGUGAUUCUUUAAGUUCAUGAAAAGCAGUUGAUUUUGCUGUUUUUCCUCUUGUUUUACCUUUAUAAUGUGUUUUAUCCGUUAUUGAAAGUAACGGAGCGUAACUUGAGAAAUUUAUAUCUCAUCUAUCUUGAACAGAGAAACGCCCUUCAAGGAUAUUUAUUCUAUUUUAAUAGAUACAACGGCCUAUAGUGGUCUAAUUGGCAAAAUCUCAAGUGAGUCAGUGACGAUGCAUUCUAGCAAAAUGUGUUUAAAAGUGAAGCAAAAUGUGCUAAUAUCGUGACAGUGUGUCAUCAUGUCGCCUGACAAACGGAAGAGAAGAACCGUAAAAGUCAGCAAAAGGACUCGUAUCUAGCGAAGGCGUAAGGGUGAAUGAUCUCAGUAUUUUAGUGCUCAAAAUAAUAAAAAGACUGAAUAACCGUUAAGCAACCAGCGACCGUAACGAUGAUCGCCUUAAAGAAACUCUACGGGGACGAGCUGCUCCGCCUAGCUUUAGUUUUAAGCCUUCUCAAGGCAAAUCCGGAAGAGUACCUCGAGAUAGAAACACAGCAGUUGCUAACUGGCCUGAAUAUAUCCAACGGGUCUGAUUGGUCUCUAGAGCAGGAGGCCAGAACGCUGAUCAGACCAAGAUUCGUGCACCCGAAAUCACUGGACAACAUACUGGUGAACUACGAGCAGCAGCUGUUCGAGGAGCUAAACUCCCUCGGCCGGUAUAAUUAUCGGGUGAACAAUGACCGGAUGUGGCAUAAUCGGGCGAUACACACGUAUUUGGUUAAUAACGUCGCGACCACAGUCCAACCCGUGCCGCCGAGCGAUACGGAACAACAUGACUCGCAGGACGCCGUGGCGGCGGACGACAAUGUAGCCCAGGAAGUCAAGAUAACAGAGGAGGAAUCUACAGAUGCUGAUCCCCAACCGGACGCAGUUGUUACCCUCUCAGCGGACUUCUUCGAGAACAGAACUGAAUCUGAUAUAUUCGCGGAAAUCGGCACACGGUCGUUCGACGUCAACGAGUUUCUGGUCAAUCAUACGGAAGAAAUGCAGAUUAAAAAAGAGCCGCAAGACGAUAUGCUAGAUGUCCUUGUGAAAAAGGAAAGGGAUGAGGAUCUGUACAGUGACAAUGCUAUCGAUGACUUCGUGCCGUAUUUCACGGCGAAAGCAGAGAAGUUGGAACUGGGGGAACCUAAUUCCGUAUUCCAUCAGAACUUAGCAGAUUUACAGGACUAUGGAGAGUUGUUCGAUGACGUCAAAGAGCUACGGAAUGAUUUGGAAUAUCUAGACGUAAAACAACAGCAAGAGAACUUGGAACAGUAUCUAUUAGAGAAUACGCCUUUGGACACAGAGGUGUACGAAUUAGCUCCAAUUUUCGAAGAGGAGCUUGUGCUUGACGUGAAGAGGGAAAGAGCAAGCACCAGUUUCACGGCCAGUUCUAGUGGUGUGAGCGAGAUGGACGUAUCGGAUGUGCCUGAUGUGAAGAUGGAGCCAGAUGAAGGGAAUCACACUGGGGAUGAGCUGACGCAAGAGGACAUGGAUCUAAUCGAGGUGUUGUGGAAGCAAGAUGUCGACAUGGGUUUCUCGCUCGAGGAUCCUUUGCACAUCGAGGGACCUCAAGCGACGAAAGUGGAACUCGCGAAGGAGUUGGACAAAGAUCCUAAAGUACUGGAAAAGAAUAUAAUUGAGGAUAAUGAGAAAAUUGAGAAGGUCAAGGCUUCUCUGCUUGAUGCUGAUAAGGACGACCUAUGGGCUGGAUUGUCUUACACCGUCGAUACAGAGACAGGUGAAUGCGUGCUACAAAGUGACCUACCGAGGGAAUUAGAAGAGGCCGAAGAAUCAAGAUUCGAUCUUCUUGAAGAAGCGCUACAGUUGGUUGAAUUGAGAGACGAAGAUAAGAAUGUACAGCCUGAGGCGGUAGGCGGCAGCGGUGGAGGGGCCGACAUGCUGCACCCGGCGGUGCGGCACUUGCCGCAUCACCCGCUCGCACACUAUCAUAACCAGUCGUUCAUGCGCUCCAUGUCGGUGGAGCAGCGCUGGCAGGACCUCGCGUCGCUGCUGACGAUACCGCCGCCCCCGGACCAGUACCAACACUACCACCAGCACGCUCACCACGCGCAUAAUAUCAGCCACGGUGCGGCCGGCUAUGCCCCCAACUACGCGUCUCACGCCCCACUCGGCCCCGGCCCCACGGCCCCACAUGCUGAGAAACAUAGCGAGACAUAUGGUGCUGCAGCGCCUCUCGAGAGCUCUUACAAGGUGGAAUCAGCACAUCAUCCUCAACAACACGAUGCCGUGUAUUAUCAGAAUUCUACAUCGGAAAUGGCGCCGAACCAAGAUGGCUUCCUGCAAUCUAUUUUAAAUGAUGAAGAUCUUCAGUUGAUGGAUAUGGCGAUGAAUGAAGGCAUGUACACGAUGCGCAUGCUAGACGGUGCGUCCGCGCACGUGCCUCAGAACCAUCCGCACAUGCCGAUUACAACUGCUGAGCGGGACUCAGCAUCUGACAGUGCUGUAUCAUCUAUGGGAUCUGAACGAGUACCAUCGCUAUCGGACGGCGAAUGGUGCGACGGGAGCGAUUCGGCGCAGGAGUUCCAUAGUUCAAAAUUCCGCCCGUACGAGAGCGCAUACGCAAGAGAUAGAUCGCACGCGCCGCAGAAGAAACACCAUAUGUUUGGGAAGAGAUGUUUUCAGGAACAACCGCAACUAGAGCCUCUCGUCACACGACCGCCUGCUGUGAAAUAUGAAUGCGAACAAACAUACCACCAUGAUAGCAUGCAUAUGCAUAACGUGGAUUUCUCUCGUCAUCAAUUGAACCAACACGUUCCUCUGCAGCCCGCGUUGGAUUUGAACACGGCACAUUCAAGUCAUGCUAUUAUACAGAGUAACGUAUCGCCCGCUCGUUUCGCGCCGGAUUCCCGAGUUCGUCACAACCAUACAUACAGCGCACCGCUACCACCGGAACAACGGCAACCUAUACGGGAUAAACGAGCUCGUCGUCUAACGGACAGUAGCGGAUCGGAAAGCGGUCACUUAAGCAGAGACGAGAAGAGAGCAAAAGCGCUUGGUAUACCUCUAGAAGUCCACGACAUAAUAAACUUACCGAUGGAUGAAUUCAACGAACGUCUAUCUAAGCACGACUUAAGUGAAGCACAACUAUCACUUAUUCGUGACAUACGGCGUAGAGGCAAGAACAAGGUGGCAGCACAAAACUGCCGCAAACGUAAACUCGACCAAAUAACCUCUUUAGCGGACGAAGUACGUACAGUACGAGACCGCAAGUUGCGAGCUCAAAGAGAUAGAGCUGCAUUACUUGCUCAAAGGCAACGGCUGAAGGAACAUUUCGCGGCGCUAUACCGUCAUGUGUUCCAGAACCUACGUGACGGCGAAGGUAGACCACUCUCCUCAGCGCAAUACUCGCUUCAACAAGCGGCCGAUGGGAAUGUAGUGCUUGUGCCCAAGAUGAGCCAGCAUGGCGAUCAUCCGAUGAACCGUACCGACGACGAUAUGGACCGGAAGAAAAACUACGAGUGACGUCAUCGAUGACGUCACACGUCAAUCCGCCUGCUCGAUACACAUGGAUAUUAAUUAUAAAUACAUAAAGAAAAAUACAUAUACGGAAAAUCGUGAAAAAUUAACAUAUUUAUGUAUAUGGAAAAUUGUGAAAAAUUAACAUCCAUAUAUGGAAAAUGUGAAAAAUUCGCAUAUGUACGAAAAAUCGGGAUAAAUAAAACAACAUGUUUAAUUGUAAAAAAGUUUAUAUAUAUGGAAAAUCUUGGAAAAAUACACAUACCUAUAUGGAGUAUCAGAUAAAAACCAACAAAAACUGAAAAAGCGUGUGUAAUAGUUUUUUUUUUUAGAUUUUUUGUUAAUUUGAAAAACGGUCAAUAGAUGGCGCUGUUAUUAAAAAUACAUAUUUCAUUUUUUGUUGAUUCCUUUUUUUUGUAUAUACGAGUACAGAUUUUUGUUGAAGGCAGUUAUAAAUGAUGGUAGGAAAUUUACUUUUUUGUUACAUAUGUCUUCAGUUAAUUAAAAAUAUAUGAAAAAUUGUGAAAAGGUUUUCAAAUAUGUUUUGCACAGGCUUUUAAAUAAAAAACAAGUUUUUUUAGAAAUAUAGACCAAGUAAGAUUUAAUAUAUUUAUUUAGAAUAUUUAUUUACAAUAACAAUAAAUUUUCACGGAA